AUUGGCGUGGUCGUCGUCCCUUUCGUCUUGGCGCUCAGACGGAGAAGAGAUCCAGGACAUGGACGGUCAAGAUUCGUCGGUCGACUUUCGGGGCGGUUUCACACAGCGCCAGAGAUCACACACACAGAGGUCGGUCACUCACAUGCGUGAACACUGGUGAGCGGUAACGUACAGCAGCAGCUGGAUCUCAUCUCAUCCGGGAGGAGGAGAAGUCUCCAAAGUCGAAAAGCACCUCCACUUCCCACUUCCGGGAGGAGAAGUCUCCAGUCCCCACCCCCCGUCUUUCCGCUCGGGCGCGCACAUGCCACCCAACAGCAUUGUUCAGCAUUAUUGUGCCGUGCCCUCGCAAAGCGGCGCAAGCGAACAAAGGGCGAGCGAGGGCGCCACGCGCACACUCCACUAGCGAGCGAGGAGUACGAUGCCGCAGCAGCAACCACCCCUCCCGCUCCCGCCGCGCAUGCGCCCGCCGACGGACCGCGAGGCUGCCGCGGCCGGGCCGCCUCCCCCACGGCAGCGCCUGGGCCAGGCGCCGAGGCCGUUCCGCGCGGCGGAGGAGCCCGCGGCCCGCGGGCCUCCCGUCGCCGACAGGGCCAGGCCGCCGGAGCCGCGGCCCCGCCCCAGCCUCGCGGAGGAGGCCCGCGCGUCUCACGAGGCUCUCCUCGCCAACGUCGCCAGGACGGCCGGGAAGCCGGAGGGCCGCGCCGCUCGGGAGGCUCCCGUCGUCCCCGUGGCCAAGCCGCCGGAGCAGCUUCACGGAGCGCCGGAGGGACGCGCGGCUCGGGAGGCUCCCGUCGCCCCCGUGGCCAGGCCGCCGGAGAAGCUGCACGUUGCGGCGGAGGAGCGCAAGACUCCUCGGGAGGCUCCCGUCGCCCCCGUGGCCAGGUCGCCGGAGCAGCUGUAUGGCUCGCCGGAGGGACGCGCGGCUCGGGAGGCCCCCGUCGCCACAGUGGCCAGGCCUCCGGAGCCGCGGCCGGGGCCGUACUACGUGCCGGGGGGCGGCGCGGCGGCGGCUCCCGUCGCAACCACGGACAGGCCGCCGGAGACGAGCCCGUGGCCGUACCCGUACUACUACGAACCGGAGCGCCCCCCGCGGCGCCGCACCUCCGCCCUGGCGUCCUGCCUUAUGGCGGCGGCCUUCCUCCUGUUCGCGGCCGGCGGGGCCGCGACGGCGCUGUUCCUCCUCUUCCGGCCGCAGCCGCCGGAGAUCGCCGUCGCGGCGGUGCGGCUGCCGUCCUUCGCGGCUGCCAACGGCACGGUGGCCUUCACGUUCGAGCAGGUGGCCUCCGUGCGCAACCCCAACCGCGCGCCGCUCGCGCACUUCGACAGCUCGCUCCGCGUCGCCUACGCCGGCGGCGAGAUCGGCUCCAUCUACAUCCCCGCGGGCCUCAUCGACAGCGGCAGCACCAAGCACUGGUCCACCACCUUCGCCGUGCCGGCCUUCCCCGCGGCCACCCCGCCGCCGCUGGACACGACCGCGCAGCAGCCGGCGGCCGCGGCUGCCAUGAUGGAGGUGGACUCGCUGCUGGUGGUGAAGGGCAAGGUGAUGGUGCUGCGGGUGCUGACGCACCGGGUGCAGGCGUCCAAGGUGUGCCGCGUCGGCGUCUCGCCUAUCGACGGCAGGGUGCUUGGCUUCCGGUGCUGACCCGCAGCCUCUACUAGCUCGGGGUUUGGGGGUUCAACUGUAAGAAAUUAUUAAGGCAGGAUUUUACAGGAAACAAGCAAUUUCAACUAGAAUCGUGUGAAUUUUCCGUGUCAACUAGAAUCGUGUGAAUUUUCCGUGUCAAAACGUUUCACCGAACAAAAUUUGGUAAAUUGGAAAUGAAGUUGGCAUGGCCUGUUCUUCAGUAGCAUGUUGAACAUA